AAGGGCAGACUUGAAUUCUUGCCAAAACUAUUCAGGAACAAAAGGAUCGAUCUAUUUCGGCUAAUAAAUAUUUUACUGCAGAUUGCACUCAAAUAAUCAAGCUGAAAGUAAAGAAAGUUGAUGUUUGAAACCAGAAGCCAUCCUUAGCGACAAAGGUUUUUCUCAAACAUUGUCGGACAAGAACUUACAUUCAGAUACGAAUACCAUAUAACCUGCGUAACGGAAAUGCUGAUCCCUGGAUCGUUGCUGGUUGUUGGCUGCUUAAUUGUUUUACUGAAAGGAGCAACUCCGGGACAAGGAGCUAAAAUAGAAGCCUCCGAUUUAAAUGGCAGAACAGAAUGUUAUACGUGUCCAUCCAAUCCAAAUGACAUGCUGGCUUACGAAAAUUGUGCCUCUUGGACAGGGGAUAUGGAUGGCGUUGUAUGCGAGAAGGAAGAACAGUCCUGCUAUAUCCAGGCAUUGUCCUAUCGUGUCAAAGGCGACAAUGAUCUGCGUUGGCGUGUGGCCCGCGGGUGUAGCCCCCAUCCGUUCAUAGGAGCCGGAAAUUAUGACGUUGAUUCCUCCCAGAUAUAUUCGAAGACAUUAUACCAAACUAAUCAAUUACUAGAUUACAUGAAGGUCGUCCAAAUCGUGUGCACGGAGGACCUAUGUAAUGGAUUAAAAUUUAGUAGCUCUUCUGUUCCAGCAGCUAUGUAAUAUUAUCCGCCCACAGACCCUUACUGGUGGAGCAGACUUUGCAAAUGAAAACUGUUAAUCAGUAAAUCAAACAACCCGAUUUACGCUUUUUCUGGUUUCUGCUCAGGCAAAACAAACUUUCCACCAGCUGGCUGUUAGUUUUCUAUAAAUCUGCAAUUGCUGCGGUUGCUCAUGAUUGGUUGACAGGAGCAGCUGUUCUAAAACAGUGCACCGACCCAAAUCAGACUGAACUAAGAGCAAUAACUAAUAAUUUAUCUGAAGGCUAAUAAUUAAAAAAAUGCUGACAGGAGGACAACU